CCCCAGGUCCCGCGUGCUAUGGACUGUGCCGAGUUGUACCACAGCGGCCUGCGGCUGGACGGUAUCUACUCCAUCACCGCCCAACUCGGAAGGGAACGCCGCUCCAUGGACGUCUUCUGCGACAUGACCACGGCAGGAGGAGGCUGGACGGUCAUUCAGCGACGCCUGGACGGCUCCGUCAUGUUCAAUAGGACCUGGCACCAGUACAAACGCCGCUUCGGCAAAAUCCGCGGCGAGUACUGGCUCGGUUUGGACAACAUGUACUUCCUGACGAACCAGAGAAACUAUACCCUGCGGAUUGAUAUGGAAGAUUGGGAAGGAAACAGUGCAUACGCGCGGUAUGAUAUCUUCAGAGUGGGCGGUGAGUGGGCCUACUACCAGCUGUCCAUUGGGAACUACAGCGGGACGGCAGGCGACAGUUUCAACGGGCACAACGGCGUCAAGUUUUCCACCGUAGACCAGGACAAUGACGAGAAGGAGGACCACAACUGCGCCAGGGGGAGGGGCGACGGCUGGUGGCACUGCGGCUGCACCCCCCGCUGGACGCCCUUCGGCAGCUGCAGCAUGGAUAGUUUCGAGUGUGGAGGUGCCUUCAUCAACGGAAAGUACCUCGGAAACUGUAAGGAUCGGGAGGACUGGAGAUCAGAGUUCUACGGACAGACGUGUUGCGGUUUAGACGACUGUUGUGGAUGGUUAGAGGGUGUGGUCUGGUACAGAUGGAAGAAGGCCGUCUCUCUGAAGUCGGUAUCCAUGAAAAUCAGGCCCAGAGACUUCAAAAUGGAAUUAGAGCUUCCAUAAGCAAUACAACAACCGAAAAAUAUAAUACAGUACAAAACCAAAUACGUAACAAAAGUACCAAGUAUUUAACACAACAUUCAUGUUACAGAUUUGCAGUAGAAAGUAUACGCAUAAAGCUGGGUUAUAUACAUGUAUAUUAUAUCUUUU